AUGGGGCCUGAAUCUGAAGCAUCAGAGAGACCGCAGUGUGGGAGUCAGACAGAAGGCGGCCCUGAGGGUUAUAACCUUGGUCUGCAUGUCGGGGGUUUAUUUUUGGUUCUAUUUGUGUCUUGCCUCGGUGCCGGAUUUCCCGUUGCCGCCAAGAAGCUACCUUGGUUGAAGAUUCCCCCUAGCGUCUUCUUUGCCUGCAAGCAUUUCGGAACCGGAGUUUUGGUUGCUACGGCGUUUGUCCAUUUACUCCCCACUGCUUUCGGAAGCCUCACCAACCCAUGUCUACCCGAGCUGUUCACUGAGGUUUAUCCCGCCUUGCCGGGAGUCAUCAUGAUGGCAGCCAUGUUUCUUCUCUUCAUUGUUGAACUCUACCUGAACGCAAAGACAGGCGGCCACUCGCAUGGCGGCCCUACCGGUGCCUCAUUUGGGGACGCCUCAACUCAUGUGCCACAUGCCCACACCCACGCCCACACCCACGCCCAUAAGCCUUCGACCGUGUCACAAGACACGGCUACAUCGUCAUAUUGGGGGGACGACCAGCGCACCGAGGCCAAUGUUGACAUUUCAUACGAGAAGGCCAUGGCCCAAAAGUUCUACGAGAAGAAUUCCCAACAAUACGAACACCCUUCAGAUGAUGAAAACAGCUACUCCACCAUGCCUGCGUGGUUUGUUGUCUUCUACGAGCAAUAUGUCCGUCAGCGAGCCGAGAUGAUGGAGAUGAUCCAGCAUACUCGAAAAAUCUCAACAGCGAAUUUUGAUCAACAAAUUGCUUCCGAAACCAGCGUAUCCCACUUUGACGAGGAAGGCCAAGAGGUUGAUCCUCAGGUUUACAAGAAAAUGUCGACCAACAUUACGCUUCUCGAAGGCGGCAUUCUAUUCCACUCCGUCUUUGUGGGCAUCACGAUCGCCAUGACCACAGAUGGCCUCGUCGUCUUGUUAACUGCCAUCAUGUUCCACCAGAUGUUUGAAGGCCUUGGCCUCGGGUCUCGCAUCGCCGCUGUUCCUUACCCUCGUGGGAGUUUCCGACCUUGGUUGUUGGUUUUUGCUUUUGGAACUACGGCACCUAUUGGACAAGCUAUCGGAAUCGCAAGCAGGAACACCUACGACCCCGAGAGUGAGCUUGGUCUGAUCAUGGUUGGAGUUUUCAACGCUAUUUCUUCCGGCCUGUUGAUAUAUGCCGCCUUGGUGAACUUGAUGGUCGAGGAUUUCCUCUCCGAGGAAGCAAGCCUGCUCAUGACAAAGAAAGACAAGAUUGCCGCAUUAGCUUGGGUUUUUCUCGGAGCAUUCGGAAUGUCCGUGGUUGGCGCCUUCGCUUAG